AUGGGUUCUCGGUUUCCCUCUCAUAAAUUGAGCAAUGGCCUUUACGUUUCGGGCCGGCCUGAGCAGCCAAAAGAGAAGACUCCAACAAUGAGCUCAGUGGCCAUGCCUUACACUGGAGGUGAUAUAAAAAAAUCAGGCGAACUUGGAAAAAUGUUUGAUAUUCCUACGGACGGCUCCAGAUCCCGUAAAUCUGGGCCCGUAACAGGUGCUCCCUCGAGGACGGGCUCUUUUGGCGGUGCCCAUUCGAACUCUGGACAAUUGAACUCUGUGGGCCGUGGCCCUGCCACUGGAUCAGCCUCAAUGAAGAAGACAAAUUCGGGCCCACUUAACAAACACGGCGAGCCUUUGAAGAAAUCAUCGGGCCCACAGGGAGGUGGGACAGCCGUUUCUCGUCAGAACUCUGGGCCUCUCCCUCCUGUCUUGCCAACUACUGGCCUCAUUACAUCUGGGCCUAUCACAUCAGGCCCAUUGAACUCGUCCGGGGCUCCUCGGAAGGUAUCCGGCCCGCUGGAGUCUAUGGGCUCUAUGAAGAUGCACAAUGCUUCUAUUGUUAACAAUCAGGCUGUUACCCACCUUAACCGGGAUGAUGAGUAUUCUUUUCGUAAGAGCUUCCCUAGGCCGAUCCUUUGGGUUAUCAUUCUUAUAUUUGUCAUGGGAUUUAUUGCUGGUGGUUUUAUACUUGGAGCUGUUCGAAACCCGAUUCUGCUCGUGGCUGUUGCUGUACUUUUUGCUUUGGUGGCAACUUUAUUUACCUGGAACACUUGUUGGGGAAGAAGGGCUAUUACUAGUUAUAUAGCUAGUUAUCCAGAUGCUGAGCUGCGAACUGCAAAAGAUGGCCAAUUUGUCAAAGUUUCUGGGGUUGUCACAUGUGGAAAUGUUCCUCUGGAGUCGUCAUUCCAAAAAAUUCCCCGAUGUGUUUAUACAUCAACAAGUUUGUAUGAGUACAGAGGAUGGGAUUCCAAAGCAGCAAACCCCACACACCGCCGCUUUACCUGGGGCCUUCGUACAUCAGAGAGGCACGUUGUUGAUUUCUAUAUUUCGGACUUCCAAUCUGGGUUGAGGGCUUUGGUGAAAACUGGGUAUGGUGCACGGGUUACACCGUAUGUGGAUGAAUCUGUGGUGGUUGACAUUAACCCAUCGAACAAGGAUAUGUCUCCCGAUUUUGUCAGGUGGUUGGGAGGGAGAAACCUCUCGAGCGAUGACCGUGUGAUGCGCCUCAAAGAAGGGUACAUCAAAGAAGGAAGCACUGUGAGUGUAAUGGGAGUUGUGCAAAGGAAUGAGAAUGUGUUAAUGAUAGUUCCCCCAUCUGAGCCAUUCUCGACCGGAUGUCAGUGGAGUAAAUGCAUUCUUCCCGCCAGUCUUGAAGGCAUCGUUUUGACGUGUGAGGACACUUCAAAGAUUGAUGCGAUUUUCGCUUUACUCGACUGGCCACCAAAUCCAGAAGGAGCCUAUCUCCCGAUACAAGCAAAAAUGGCGUCUUCUGAUGAGGGGACUGUUGAAGAUAUGGAGACUGUGGCAUUUAUGAAGCUUGCUGUAGAACAGGCAAAGCUUGCAAUGGACAACCUUGAAGUACCUGUCGGUUGUGUGAUCGUUGAGGAUCAAAAGGUCAUUUCUUCAGGGAGAAACCGAACAACUGAGACUAGAAAUGCUACUCGACAUGCAGAGAUGGAAGCAAUUGAUGUGCUGCUUGACCAGUGGAGGAACAAUGGAAUGACUAGGGAAGAAGUCGCUUUGAAUUUUUCAAGAUGCACACUUUAUGUCACAUGUGAGCCAUGUAUAAUGUGUGCAGCGGCCUUAUCAAUUAUCGGGAUAAAAGAAGUAUUUUAUGGGUGUGCAAAUGAUAAGUUUGGAGGUUGUGGAUCAAUUUUGUCUUUGCACACAGGUGGUACUGGGAUGCCUACAAGUAAUGGGGCUUCGAGGAAGGAGUUCAAGUGCACCGGCGGAAUAAUGGCAACAGAAGCCAUCAACCUUCUACGAUGUUUCUAUGAGCAAGGAAAUCCAAAUGCCCCCAAGCCUCACAGAACACCAGUGCAACGGGUCUAA